AUGAGCCGCCAGUUCAAGAGCAUGGAGGAGGAAGGUAACAGGUCAGCAAGGAAACCCUCAAGGAAACAAACUUCCAUAGCUGCGUGUCCCCAAGACAGCCACCACACCCAGUCUAGCCAGAAGGAGCCUGCUAAGGGUAGCCCAAGGCCAGGGUCUUCCCGGAAGAAGCAGGUGGAACAUGGAAGCUGUCUCAGGGCAUCUCAGGGACAGAAACCAUGCAAGGUGGAGAGGCCUUCCCAGGGAAGGAAGAUGGACAGGAGGACUUCCCUCAAGGAGCACAGAAUAUCUCCAAAGAAGGAAAAAGGGACUGUCAGGAAGGAUACAGGCAAGCAGCUGGGAAAACCCAGGUCUACUUCCUUGGCCUCCAGGGUCUCUGCUGGCGAGUCCCUGUCUGAGGAGGAGCUGGCUCAGAUCCUGGAGCAGGUGGAAGAAAAGAAGAAGCUCAUUGCCACCAUGCGGAACAAACCCUGGCCCAUGGCAAGGAAGCUGAGAGAGCUCAGGGAAGCCCAAGCGUUUGUGGAGCAGUACGAAGGAGCCUUGGGGAGAGGGAAGGGCAAACACCUCUAUGCCUACAGGAUGCUGAUGGCUAAGAAAUGGGUCAAAUUUAAGAGGGACUUUGAUAAUUUCAAGACUCAGUGUAUUCCCUGGGAGAUGAAGAUCAAGGACAUUGAAAGCCACUUCGGUUCCUCAGUGGCCUCAUACUUCAUCUUUCUCCGAUGGAUGUAUGGCGUGAACCUCGUCCUCUUCGGCUUGAUAUUUGGUCUAGUCAUCAUCCCAGAGGUGCUGAUGGGCAUGCCCUAUGGAAGUAUACCCAGAAAAACGGUGCCUCGAGCUGAGGAGGAAAGAGCCAUGGACUUCGCCGUCCUCUGGGAUUUUGAGGGCUACAUCAAAUAUUCUGCUCUAUUCUAUGGCUACUACAACAACCAGAGGACAAUCGGAUGGCUGAGGUACAGGCUGCCCAUGGCUUACUUUAUGGUGGGGGUCAGCGUGUUUGGCUACAGCUUGAUGAUCGUCAUUAGGUCGAUGGCCAGCAAUACCCAGGGGAGCACCAGUGACGGGGAGAACGACAGCUUCACGUUCAGCUUCAAGAUGUUUACCAGCUGGGACUACCUCAUCGGGAAUUCAGAGACAGCUGACAACAAAUACGUCUCCAUCACCACCAGCUUCAAGGAAUCUAUAGUGGAUGAACAGGAGAGUAACAAAGAGGAAAAUAUCCACUUGACAAGAUUUCUCCGUGUCCUGGCCAACUUUCUCAUUCUCUGCUGUCUGUGUGGAAGUGGGUACCUCAUUUACUUUGUGGUGAAGAGGUCCCAGGAAUUCUCCAAAAUGCAGAAUGUCAGCUGGUAUGAACGGAAUGAGGUGGAGAUCGUGAUGUCGCUGCUUGGGAUGUUUUGUCCCCCUCUGUUUGAAACCAUCGCUGCCCUGGAGAAUUACCACCCACGCACUGGGCUGAAGUGGCAGCUGGGACGCAUCUUUGCUCUCUUCUUGGGAAACCUCUACACGUUCCUCUUGGCCCUCAUGGAUGACGUCCACCUUAAGCUUUCCAAUGAGGAGAGAAUCAAGAACAUCACUCACUGGACCCUGUUUAACUAUUACAAUUCCUCGGGUGGGAAUGCAAGUGUGCCCCUGCCACCACCACACCCUGCAGAUGUGCCCAGGGGUUCUUGCUGGGAGACAGCUGUGGGCAUUGAGUUUAUGAGGCUGACGGUGUCGGACAUGCUGGUAACAUACCUCACCAUCCUGGUGGGGGAUUUCCUCCGAGCUUGUUUUGUUCGGUUCAUGAACCACUGCUGGUGCUGGGACCUUGAGGCUGGUUUUCCCUCAUAUGCUGAGUUUGAUAUUAGUGGAAAUGUGCUGGGUUUGAUCUUCAACCAAGGAAUGAUCUGGAUGGGCUCCUUCUAUGCCCCAGGACUGGUGGGCAUCAAUGUGCUACGCCUGCUGACCUCCAUGUACUUCCAGUGCUGGGCCGUGAGGAGCAGCAAUGUUCCCCACGAGCGCGUGUUUAAAGCUUCCCGAUCCAACAACUUCUACAUGGGCCUGCUGCUGCUGGUGCUCUUCCUCAGCCUUCUGCCGGUGGCCUACACCGUCAUGUCCCUCCCACCGUCGUUUGACUGUGGCCCCUUCAGUGGGAAAAACAGAAUGUAUGACGUCCUCCACGAGACCAUUGAAAAUGAUUUUCCUAAGUUCCUGGGCAAGAUCUUUGCGUUCCUUGCCAAUCCAGGCCUGAUCAUUCCAGCCAUCCUACUGAUGUUUCUGGCCAUCUACUAUCUGAACUCAGUUUCAAAGAGACUUUCCAGAGCUAAUGCCCAGCUGCGAAAGAAAAUCCAAGCACUACGUGAAGUUGAGAAGAGCCACAAAUCCAUCAAAGGAAGAGCCACAGUCACAAAUUCAGAGGACACCCCUAAGAACAGCUCUAAAAAUGCCACCCAGCUACCCCUCACUAAGGAAGAGCCCACAUCUCACUCUCCCAGCCAAAUCCAGGCCCUGGACAAGAAAGCGCAGGGCCCCAGAACCUCCAGUAGUGAUGGCAGGGCCCCACAGCCUACCUCCUGGCACCAUGCUGGAUCCAAGUCACCGAGGGUUAGACAAGACUCGGGCCAACCCCAGCCUCAGAUGCACACGGGCAGGUCAACUUCUGGAAAGAAAACCCAGAGGCUUCACAACUGAUGGCUGGCAUUCAUGCUCUCCCAGUCUCAGGCUCUGCUGUUUUGAAUAUCCUUUCCCUUCUCCUCUCACACACAUACAUGUUCCCAUAUGGCACAUAUAACAUGUGAACUUUAAUCCUUGCUCUCCAGCCCUUGUUUAAAAGGGGAGGGCAAUGGCUUACCCUGAAUACUUGGGCUUCCCAAUGUCUUGUUCAGGCAACCCUAGGCCCCACACACUAGUGAUUUCCCUUUGCUCCAGACUUGGGAAGGUGGGGGUGAGGCCAUGAUGCCCUGUGUGGACUUUUCUGUGGGGUACAUGUUGGGACCCAGUUUCUUCAGGUCCUCUGAGCAGAGCUGUGCUGUGGAGGAGCCUACGGUUCUGACAUCAGCCCUAUCUAAAGGAGCCUAGACGGUUCAAACGACAGGUCAAGGCAAAGGAAAACAGAGGUAGAUGAGCCAGUGUCCUCUCGACAAGAAGAUCAGGGACACCCGGCACCCAGCCUGAGGGAAGCUGAUGCCAAUUACGCACAAACACUGCACAGGAGCCUCCUCACCACAAGACAAGAAAAGAGACAGAUAACACAGCUCUCCUGACCCAACUGAAGAAAACGUGACGGUUGCGAAGGAUAGGAGUCUUUUUCAUGCACCAAAUUCUAAAAGGAAUUAGAUAAUCUGUUUCCUGUAAAAGGGUCCUUGAAGACGGUGGUUCUUUGCAAAAUGUCUCCGAGCAGGCAUAAGUCAGGGAAGCCAGACCAUUAAAAAGGCUCUGCUAAAAGCCAAAGGCUUAACAACGUGAACAUCUUAGUUGAGGAUUCUCUAGAAACCCCAAGUGUUUAUAGACAGUGUUUUCCUUUCCUCUGAGUUACUUUUGCUCAUAGGGGCCCUCAGAGGUACACAUACAUACACACAUUGUACAUCAGGCAAAGUCCUGGUAGUGAGAACAUUUCACAGCUACUCAUAAGUUAUACGAUAAAACAGUUUUCAAUCUGAACUCACACAUAAGCUGCAGUGGAAUGGGAAUGAAGACACAUGAGCAGGAGAAAUAGGGCAGUCACCUCAUCUCAGUCCAUCCUAGAAAAAUUAGCAUCUCCAUGAAGUGCCGAGCGUGGUGGCGCAAGCCUGUAAUCCCAGCGCUAGGAGGCAGAAGCAGGAGGAUCUCUGUGAGUUCAAGGCCAGCCUGCUCUACAAAGGAAAACCAAGGCUACAUAGAGAAACCCUGUCUCAGAAGUGACAAAAGCAAAAAGAUCUCCAUAAAAGCUCAGUGAGCGCCAGCUCUGACACUUCCUGUGGAUUACACUGCUCUCCGGGGACAAACAUCCUGGCUGUAAGCUACCUAAGAUAGCAACCCAGGAACUCACAUAGUCUAACCCACGCCAGCCAGCAAAGUCCACAGCAGCUUCCACAGCAUCUUCCAUGCCUCCAGCAUAAUCUUGCCCGGAUAAUGCCAACUCAGAAAAGCGAACAAGUGGGGGACAUCUCCUGAACCAUCGGCCUCCAUUACUGUUGGGCCUCUGACUGUUAAUAAUACAGGCCUGUUACAAACCAAAUAAAGCAUCUGUU